AUGCAGCGACGGACGCCACUCUGGAGCGCCGAUGAGGCGAUAGAGCAGCUGCGGUUGGCGACGCACCCGAACGCGGACCGCAACUUCUACGCCUUUUACAGCAGCGAGGCCAAGGGCAUCACCAAGGACCCGGUGGGCAUGGUGGUGCCCAUCGACGACCACAUGGCGCACCGCGGCCACGCGGUCUUCGACACGGCGCUCAUCACGCAGGGCUACCUCUACCAGCUCGACCGCCACCUCGACCGCCUCGUUGCCAGCGCCGCGGCCGCGUCCAUCCCGCUGCCGCCGGACGGCCGGGAGGGCAUGCGCACCGCCAUCCUGCACACCGCCGCGGCCUCGUGCGUGGAGAACGGCUCCGUGCGGUACUGGCUCAGCGCCGGCCGCGGCGGGUUCGGUCUCUCGGGCAAGGAGUGCGUGCGCCCGUCGUUCUACUGCAUCGUGUACGGGUCCACGCCGGCGGAGGCGGACCCGGAGGAGGAGCCGGCGCACCUGCGCGGGUGGAAGGUGAUGACGUCGUCGGUGCCGAUCAAGUCCGGGACGUUCGCGACGCUGAAGAGCAACAACUACCUCCCCAACGCGCUGUGCUUGAUGGAGGCCGAGGCGGCGGGGUGCGACCAGGGGAUCUUCGUGGACGACGAGGGCUUCGUCGCGGAGGGCCCGAACUGCAACGUGAUGGCGCUGCUGCCCGACGGGGAGCUCGUCACGCCGCCGUUCGACAAGGCGCUGGCGGGGAUCACCGCGCAGCGCGUGCUGGAGCUCGUGGGCGGGCUGCUCGAGUCGGGGGACAUCGCGGACUUCCCGGAGCUCGGGGCGAUCAAGAAGGUCUCGCAGCGUCCGAUCAAGGUGGAUGAGAUCAAGGGCGCGGAGGAGGUCAUGAUGCUGGGCAGCACCACCAAGGCCACGUCGGUGGUGCAGUGGGACGCCAUCACGAUCGGGUCGGGGGCGCCCGGCACCGUGACGCUGGCGCUGCGGCGCAUGAUCGAGAACGACAUGGAGCCCCCGGGGCCGGAGCACGUCGAGGUGCCGUACGGGUACGUGACCGGCAUGGAACUGUGA